UGAGAUAAGAUUGCGAUAAGAGUUAAGUGAAAGAGAGAUCAGAAAGAAGUCGACAGAAAUUCAUUUCAUGUCUUCGUCUCUGAAAAAGUCUUUCUAAAUAUCAAUCAUUAUUCGUCUCAAUAAACAGAUUGUUUUGACGACAACUGAUUCGGUCAGUAAUUGUCUAUUAAAAAGAAUGCCAAACAUAAAGGUCUUCAGCGGUUCUUCUCAUCCCGAUUUGGCCAAAAAGACUGUCGAACGUCUUGGCAUUGAUUUGGGAAAAGCGGUUCUCAAGAAGUUUUCAAAUCAAGAGACUUGUGUUGAAAUCGGAGAAUCGGUUCGCGGAGAAGACGUUUAUAUCAUUCAAAGCGGAUGCGGAGAAGUCAACGACAAUCUGAUGGAACUGCUGAUUAUGAUCAAUGCGUGCAAAAUCGCUUCCGCCCAACGCGUGACUGCAGUUAUUCCGUGUUUUCCUUACGCACGACAAGACAAGAAAGACAAGUCACGUGCUCCCAUUUCGGCCAAACUCGUGGCCAACAUGUUGUCGGUUGCGGGCGCCGACCACAUCAUUACAAUGGAUUUACACGCUUCGCAAAUCCAAGGCUUCUUCGAUAUUCCGGUCGACAAUCUGUUCGCCGAACCGGCAGUUCUCAAAUGGAUUCGCGAAAAUAUUCCCGAAUGGCGUUCUUGCAUUAUCGUGUCUCCGGACGCGGGCGGUGCAAAGCGCGUGACGUCAAUUGCCGAUCGAUUGAACGUUGAUUUCGCGUUAAUCCAUAAAGAACGCAAAAAAGCCAAUGAAGUCGCGUCAAUGGUUCUCGUAGGCGAAGUCAGAGAUCGCGUCGCCAUUCUCGUCGACGACAUGGCCGACACUUGCGGAACAAUCUGUCACGCCGCCCAAAAGCUGGCGGAAGCGGGCGCUUCCAAAGUGUAUGCGAUUCUAACUCACGGCAUCUUCAGUGGUCCGGCCUGUGAACGCAUCUCUAAGGCGUCUCUCGAAGCUCUUGUCGUGACCAAUACCAUUCCUCAGGAGAAGAAUAUGCGUGAUUGUCCUAAAAUACAGUGUAUAGACGUAAGUAUGAUUUUGGCCGAAGCCAUUCGUCGCACUCAUAACGGCGAAAGCGUUUCCUAUCUCUUCUCAAACGUCCCGAUGUAGACAUUGUAGACAUAAUAAGAGAGUAAUGGCUGUCUGUCUGUCUCUGAUCGCCAAUUAAUAACGCAUUUCUGCUUUUAAUUGCUUUUUAAUUAAUUUUUAGUCUAUUUUUAGAACAAUUAU